GCGAGUUAUUGUCCUAACUAAAUAUCGUACACAUUGGUUUUUUACACACUAAAAUAACAUCUGUGAUAUAAUGCACACAGGAUGGGUUACUCUGAUGAUGCUCUGGUGACGGAAUCUAAUCUGAGAUUCUACUACGAGAAACUCUGUCCAGUAAAAGAUCUUGUAAGAUGGUUAUCAUACGAAGGUGAAAAGCCAACUGGCAGCCUACAGCGUCGUGAAAUAUCAUUUACCUUCCAGAGAGAUACUGGAGGAGAUGUAUCCGAAUUCUAUAUGCGUUGGCAGUCAUUUGAAGGUCACCAGCAACUGCAGCAUAUGUUGAGUGAACGUAACAACGUGCCAUUCAAAAUAGACAUCGGUGCCAUUUACAACAAGCCAGUCACGUUAAUGCAGUUAAGCGGCGCGGAUUUCCACGCAGUAGAACGUGAACUUGUAUUCGAUAUUGAUAUGAACGAUUACGAUGAUCUACGUACAUGCUGUACUGACAAACGAAUAUGCCACAAAUGCUGGAAAUUCAUUAGCAUAGCAGCAGAAAUUCUAACACGCAGCCUUAAAGAGGAUUUCGGAUUUAAUGAAAUUAUGUGGGUUUAUUCAGGAAGACGUGGUAUACACGGAUGGAUAUGCGAUGCAAAAGCACGAAGUUUACCAAAUGAAGCUAGAAGUGCCAUCGUCGACUACCUCAUGCUACUAUCCGCAGAUAGUCAUAAAAAACGUGUCAAUAUAUUCGGUGUAGAAGAUCACCCAGCAGUUAAUCGAGCUUUUGACAUUUGUUAUCGCAAUUUUUAUGAUUUACUACAAGAGCAAAACUUUUUAGUAACCGAAGCACACAUCCAGUCAUCAUUGGAAUACAUAACCGAUCGCUUCCCUAAAGCCCGGCAAUUACUCCAAAGAGCCCUAAAAACCAAAGUCAAGAACUCCGUAGAACUGUUCAAUGAGAUAUGUGAAGAAUUGGAAGUUGAGACACCGGAAGAAUAUCGCCGGAAAAACACAGGAGUGAAUAUUAAUCGUGAUGCAUUCCCCGUUGCCUUCAAGGAACUUGUGCUCGCAUUUUCAUAUCCAAGACUAGAUGCGGCUGUUACAAAGGAUGUUGGACAUUUAUUGAAAGCGCCUUUCUGUAUUCAUGCCAAAACUGGCAGAGUAUGUGUACCCUUAGAGCCAGAAAGCAUAGCUAAUUUUAGGCCGGAAGAUGUGCCAACAUUAGCCGUACUCCGCCAACAUUACGACAAUAAUAAUGGUGAUGUACAGAGCUCGCCACUAGCACCGUAUACACUUUUCUUCCGUGAACGAUUUUUACAGCAAUGCUUAGUAAACGGAGCUAAAGCUAAUCGAAGUGUGUCGGGACUAUAAUGUGUGCCCUAUAUGUUUUACUGUUGCCGGCCUACUUAUCGCAUAUACAAACUGAUAAUCU